CUUGCGAUACUCCUUUUCUUUCACCGGUUCAACUUACGCCACCUCGACCAUUGCAUUCGGUGGAUCGUCCCGUCGCAAAGCUUCCCUGGACUCCGUACGGCAACCUCCAAUUGCCUCUCCCACACCUUCCGAUCGACCAAAGAACUUGUCGCAUAGCUUUGAACUUCAGUCGCCGGACCAAUUGAGCCAUUCAACCUGACAACAUGCCCCCAAAACGAGCCAAACAGCGACUCUCCGGCGCAUCAGCAGCUCCAUCCCGAGGACGACCCCCAGCAGCGUCAGCGCCAGCGCCACCAGCACAAAGGCGACAAAGACAAAGCGACGUACAACCAGGCGACCCUAUCCCGCAACCCAAGAAGCGCCGCUACCGCCCAGGGACUCUCGCGCUCAAAGAAAUCCGCCGCUACCAAGCCAACACCGAUCUCCUCAUGUCCAAGCUGCCUUUUGCUCGAUUGGUCCGAGAAAUCGCCCUCCAGUACCAGCCGUCGACCGAAGAGCUGCGGUGGCAGUCGCAAGCAAUCCUGGCGUUGCAGGAGGCCGCCGAGGCGUUCUUGGUGCACCUGUUUGAGGACACCAACCUGUGCGCGAUACACGCCAAGCGGGUCACCAUCAUGCAGAAGGACAUACAGCUGGCGCGGAGGAUACGCGGUGUCUGGGGUGGCGCGGGGUGGGUGUAG